CGGGGCAGUGGUGGUGCCUUACCUGCGUUCCGUUACAGGGCAUCAGUUAUUCAGUUACAAAACGUCUCUUAGGCAUAAUAAAUAUUUAUUCGAUCAACUCCAAAGCUAUCAAAGAUUACUAUCCACUUUAGUACCCAGAAGUAAUACUGAGAAAUGUGACCUUGUGAAAUACCAACCUGAUGUUAUGAGAAUCAAACAAUUUUUGAAGAAUUACAAAUUAAAGGCUGUUACGUACAAAUCGGAGAAACUUGAAAGAGUAUUACUUGAUAUCUGGGAUAAGAUCCUUAAGACUAGUGAUAUCAACUUAGUAGAAGACUAUAUGGAAAUGAGAAUCAAUUUAGGAAUGGUUUUUAAUCCAGAUGAUGUCUCAGCAUGCCUGAAGGAGGCAAGUAUUAAUCCUACGCAGCGAACUUUUGCAUGUUUUAUUCGUCAAAGUUGUGUUGCUGGCGAUAUUGAGAAGGCAAAUUUAUAUUUACGCUUGUUAAAAGAGUCUGGAGCCAAUCCUAACAUGCAUACUUUUUCUUAUCUUCUACAUGGUUAUAUUAAAGCUGGUUUACCCGAUGAAAUGACUUCUUUGCAACAAAAAUUGUCAGAUAUCGGUUUAUGGCCAUCAAGAAUUGGAUAUGAAGCUAUUUUAUCUGCAUAUGCUGAUCUUGGGGAUGAAAGCAGUUUGAUGAAAACACUUAAUGAGGCUCUUACUGUUCUCCAACCAAUAAAAAUAAACAAUGCAGAACAACCUGAUUCUUUUGUAUUUUCAACCUCAUUUAUCUUGGAUAUUUACACGAAGCUUAUUUGUUCAAAAAAUAACCCUGAUGCAACAUGUUGCGAAUUAUUAACCAGAACACCUUUGUCGCUUAACUCAAAUAAUUCUGCAUUAAAUACAGUGAAAAUUCUAUUAGCUCGUGGAUAUACUGCAGCUGCUUUAGAAAUUUUCAAGAUGAUCCAUUUGAAUCAAACAACUACUGCUACUGACACGUAUUUACGUUCAUUACUUCGUUUUGCUAUUCUUGGUGGUUUGAAAGAAGAAGAAUUACAACCUUUUUGGAAACUGGCGGCUAGAGAUGAUUCACAGCUUCAAAUGCUGGUCGAUGAAACAAAAUCGUUUUAUAAACAAUGCGCUACCCAGCAAUCUGAAAAUCGUAAUCAAGACGUAAUCAAGAAUCCAGAAGAUACAACAUCUCCAAAGAAUCCAUCCUUUCUUGAACUCAAAUUAUCUCUUGAUAAUGUUGUCAAUCCUGUGGUGUAUGCUUGUCAAUUAUUUCGUGAAACUAGGCAUUUCAAAGUAUCGUUCCAAGUUAAAGAUAUUGAACAGAUUUUCUGGAAGAGUGUUGAAAAUCAAUCGUCUAACGAGAUUGCUACCUCAAUCAAAUCGCUUACUGGUCUGUUCAUAUUGACAAAAGAUUAUGAUGGUCUCAGGAAUUUCCUUCAUCGUAUUGUAUCUGAUAUACCGGCACAUACAGAACAUUUUUUCAGUCGAAAAUCGAUUACAGCAUUAUUAACUGAACAUACUCAAGAGAAUUGGGAUUUACUUGUAUCUAUUUUGAAGUCUAAAAGUUUAUGCGAUAAAGUUGCAUGUACUUGUAUUCGUCAAAUGCUGCUUCUACGUUCUUCUUAUCCAGAACUCAAUGAUCAUCCUGUUCAACCUUCAUGGGCAUCAGAAUCUAAAAGUUUAUGCGAUAAAGUUGCAUGUACUUGUAUUCGUCAAAUGCUGCUUCUACGUUCUUCUUAUCCAGAACUCAAUGAUCAUCCUGUUCAACCUUCAUGGGCAUCAGAAAUAUUAUUUCAUCGUAUCCAAAAUGAUGAUUAUGCACUGGCAUUUACUAGACUACAUUAUAUUAUCAAAUCAUAUUGUCGACGCGGUUCAUUCGAUAUUAUUGAUGCAUUAAAACAAAAAGCUUUAGAAAAUUGUGUUUUAUUAUCACCAAAAACAUUGGCAACAAUUAUUUGUACACCUUAUUUUAUCCAGCGUAAUUUAUCUAAUUAUAAUGAUUUAAUAUUUGAUUGUCAUGAAUGCAUUCAUCAUGAUCCAGUGAAUUUAAAUCAAACUACUAAUCAUUCUAAUACUGCUGCUGAUGUAGUUAAAAAUUCAUUGAAACACUUUGAUUCACUAAUUCAAAUCUCAUCCAAUGGAAUAAAUAGCCAUGAAAUAAUUGAUCGCACGGUCAAUUGGUUAGUUGAGCAUAUUCCAUGCGAUUUAUUUGCCGCAUCGCCAGCAUCAUCGGCAUCGUCAGCAUCUUCAUCAUCGCCAUCAACGAGUGUUGUUAUCCCAACAUGGUUAAUUCUAUGUCAAAGAUUAUUACAAACAAAUUCAUUAUUUAACGAAUCAAUGUAUUGGACACAAUUAGCAUUGAAAUGGUUUGAACAAGUCGAUGAUAAUCAUGUGAAGUAUUUGGAUUGUUUUAAAAAUUGGUACAAUUAUGCACCGAAUAAGAAUACUUCUGUCGCUUUAUUAAUAGCUGGUCUUUUACAUGUUAAAUCUCGAGAAUGGGCUUUAUCAGUGUUAUCAUCAGAGAAUAAUGAUAUUAUAUACGAUAUUAUUGUAUCCGAUUCAAUUAAUCAACUUACGGAUGAACAUCAACAUUGUUUCGCUGAAAUCAUGUCACAAUUUGGUAAAACAAAUACAUUAGCUAUUGCACGUCAAUUACAUAGAAAUGGUUUUGAUGCGCCUACUUUACAAUAUAUUAUUAACAAAUUACCUGCCGCUGAAUGUAUGAAUGAACUUGCUCAAUUGUGUAUAACAAAGUCUAGUUGGCUUAUUCCAAUGUCAAAUUUCAUAUCAGAACAUUAUCCUGAUGAAAAGUUAACGUUCUUUAGAAAUCUACUAACCUUAUUGAGAACAAAAUCUAUUGAUCGUGAAAAUUUGAAUUUUAUUGCUGGUUUUAUCAAAGAUUCAAUCAAUCUAUCAGAGUUAGAACCAACAAAUGAAUGGUUUUUACGUAUUGUUUUAAAACCAACUGAUUCGUCUCAAAAAAUAUCAUUGAUUGAAUGGAACUAUGUUUUAUCCCGUGCUGGAUUAAUUUCAAGUGAAAAUGCGCAUGCUUUGGGCUCAGCAAUUUAUCAUCAAAACUAUAAAACACUUAUUGGUUUAUUGAAAAAUCUGGAUGAAACGACACUGGAGAAUAUCGUACCAUUAGCAGUAUAUUUCUUAGCGCUUAAAAAGGGCGCUUCCGAAAUUUCUAGACUACUUUUCUGUAUUACUGAAAAUCGUUUAAAGAAAUUAUUACCUAUAGUUUGUAAAUAUUCUCAACCAUUAAUGUUACAUAAACUGCAAUACUGCUUUCUUGCAUUAGAUCGAUAUCAUGAUGGUCUUCCAUUAGAUUGGUUAUCAUUGACUGGUUUGAAAUUUUUCGAUUUACAACCAACAGAAAUGAAACAAAAAGAACAGGAGCAAACGAAUUCAACACACCAUUAUUUGAGUUUGUUACCUAGUACAUCUAUGGCUGAUAUAUCUCAAUCCCUUGUUAAUUUAGAAAGCAGUCAUAAACCUUUGGGAUAUAUCUUAGCAUCCAUAGGACGAUCAUCGGAUUCACAAAAGAAAUUAUCACUAUUAUAUCAGCUUGUUAAUCUUGGCGCUGAUUCUCUAAUCAGAACUAUUCUUCGUUAUUCAUCAAAACAAGAAUACAAUACAUUCUAUCCGUUAUCAUUAUUUGCAUUUAUAAUACGGACUUUUUCAAAUCCUGAAUUAACUGAUAUACAGAAUACGGAAAAAAUAAAUCAAACUAUUGAAACGUUAACAAAUUUAUCAUCGAAUGAAUUAAUGGCUGUUAUAUGUCAUCCAUAUAUGGAUGAUACAUUGUUUCGAUGUUGGCCUACUAAACAUAUAACAAAUUUUGUACUUGUUAUAUUAAUUACUUUGGCAUUAUUGUCCUUAUGCGUAUUGCAUCCAUUUAUAUGGCUAUUAAUCAAUCGGCAAACACGUCUAACACCAGGAACUACUGUGUAUACCGAAUGGAAAGAACCUUCAGUACCGAUUUUUAUGCAAUUUUAUUUUUUCAAUUUAACUAAUCCAAUUGAAUUUCAAGCUGGUGCAAAACCUCAUGUUCAACAAUUAGGACCAUAUACAUAUCAUGAAAAACGUGUGAAAACACUUGAUCUUUCUAAAAAUACUAAUGGAACUAUUAAUUAUAAAGAAAUGAAAUGGUAUUAUUUUGAUCAGAAUUUAUCGAAUGGUACAGAAAAUGAUUCAAUCAUAAAUGUAAAUCUUGCUUUUAUAUCAGUUGCUGAAAAAUUGCAUUCUAUGCCAUGGAUUAUAGUGAAAGUAAUUGAAUGGAUUGAAAAACGUUUUCAUGAAUAUUUAUUUAGACCAAAAACUGUCAAUGAAUUAUUAUGGGGUUAUGAAGAUGAAUUAUUAACAUAUUUAUCAAGUCUUGGUAUUCAAAUUUCAACAAAAAUUGGUUUUUUCAUUCAUAAAAAUAAUACACUGAGUGAGAAUAUCACCAUUGAUGAUGGUGUUCAGCAUAACAGAGCAAUUGGUCAAAUUUUGAAAUAUGCUGGAAAUGAAACAUUAUCAUAUUGGACAACUGAAACAGCCAAUAUGAUUAAUGGUACUGAUGGUACAUUAUUUCAUCCAUUUAUCACUAAAAAUGAUACACCGUAUAUUUUCGCUUCGGAUAUUUGUCGUUCAUUACAAUUUACUUUUGAUUCAAUUGUUGAGUUUAAUGAAUUACCAACUUAUAAAUUUAUUCCACAAUCUGAUAUAUUUAAAUCAUCGAAAUAUUAUGAAAAAAAUAAAGGAUUUUGUUUAAAUUGGCCAAAUUGUUUUGAAGAUGGUGUGCUGGACAUGUCAUCUUGUCAACCUGGUGCACCGAUUGCUGUAUCACAACCACAUUUUUUAAAUGCUAAUAAAACAUAUCAAAAUGCUAUUGAAGGAUUGUAUCCAACGGAUGAAUUCAACACAGUGAUCUAUUUAGAACCAAACACUGGAAGUAUCAUUAAAGCGGAGAAAAAACUUCAAAUUAAUAUUUUAGUAAAAAAUAAUCCCAAUUUUAAACAACUUAAAAAUAUCUCAACUACACUUUUACCAAUUAUGUUUAUUAAUGAAUCGGUUCAAUUGAAUGAAACAUUGAUUGAUCAAUUGGUGAAUGCAUUAAUUCAAGGACCAUUUAUUGCAAAAACCAUUUUAAUUUGUUUUAUUUCAUUGACACUAAUUAUUCUAUGUUCAAUUAUUUCGGUACAUUUUUAUCAUAAUCAAAGAAUUUCCACUUCUUCUUAUACACCAUUUGUCAAUGAUAAUCAACAAUCUGAUGAACACAUUGAUGCUCCUUAUCAAACUAUUGAACAUAUUGAAUCAGAGGAACAAACAACACCGAAUGUAGAUUAUCAACAAAACCCGAUAGUUUGA